GAUCAAGACGGGAUAGUUAUAAUCCCUUGCGUCCAGCCUCUCAUUCAAGAUUCUGUAUCCAGAAAUGGCCUGGUCAUAGUCGCCCAGAUUCAAAUCCGUCGGGUUGUACACCAUCCUCACACUUUUCGACCUAUCUUGGCCUGGGUGCAACGUUGUUAUCUUGCCCCUAUUGACUCACAACAAGUUGAAAGCUAAUAUAUACCCUCAUGACAGCCAAGCCACCCACUCGAUCGGAUACGAACGGUGAAGGAAACUGAUUGCUUUGAGGUGCAGAAGAAGGACAAAAGAUGAUUGCUGCCAACCUCUCUUCUUACGGCCACACGAACCUUCUGGAGGGGGACUCCCCCGAGCUGGUCUUGGUCCAGGCAACGCCCAAGGAGCGGAUUGCGUCAAUUAAGCUAAACAGCACUGAGUGGAAAGGCCCAUUGGAUCUUGACACGUACAUUACUCGUGAGGACACUUUACUCCAGCAGCGACUAACCAAGGACGCCGUAACUUGCUGGGUGUUGGUUGACCGCCGGGAGCCGGAAGACGAGAGGACAAUCCUCGGCUCUUGCGAGACAUACAAGAAAAAGGCGAUUGUAGCGCGUGGCGGUAAGUUAGAGGAUGUUUCAGCGCACGGAGUCGGAAGUGUUUACUGUCGACCCGACUUUAGAGGGAAAGGGUACGCAAAGCGGAUGUUGGAGGAAUUGAGCAGGACGAUCGAUACGUGGCAGGUGGCGACUGAGCGCAGCGAAAGCUCAUUGUUUAGUAUUUUGUUUUCUGACAUUGGGAAGAGAUUCUAUGCUCAGUUUGGCUGGAAACCCUAUCCUUCUUCACACUUUGAGCUUCCUCCAAUUUCUAAAGAUGAAUAUGCCUCCAAAAUCCCUGGUGCUGCUCUGCCAGAGAUCAAGAUAUUACAAGCGGCCGAUGUCCAACGGCACCUAUGCAACGGGCAUGUCGUCCAAAAAGAGCGUGAGAUCUUGCGGUUGGCUUCGCAGAGCUCCCCUGGGCCCAAAGUAGCAAUUGCUCCUGACUUUGACCAUUUCGUAUGGCACUGGGCAAGGGAGGAGUUUUGUUAUCGCAAUCUCUACCCGAACCGAGAACCCCCCAUAAUCAAGGGCGCUGGCGAUAGCGAAACCGGAGUGUUCUGUGCGUGGAACAGGACGUUCGGCGAAACUCCUCAAGAUAACACCCUAUAUAUCCUCCGGUGGGUGUACGACGAGCCAGUGUCCAGCGAAGAGUCCGAGAAACUCGUCAAGGCAAUGGCUGCAAUCCUGAGACGCGCCCAACUAGAAGCGCACGCGUGGAAUAUGGCCAAUGUCACAUUCUGGAAUCCAACUGCUCUUCUUGAAAAGGCCGUUGCUCUGCUAGACCCUGCUGCUGAGAUAGUGCAUCGCGAAAAAAGCAGCAUUGCGUGUCUGAGAUGGAACGGGGCCGACGAAGUCUCCGAGCAUGUCGAAUGGUUCUGGAAUGAGAAGUACGCGUGGUGUUGAGGGGACGAGCUUUUUUGCCUCACUCGGGCUGGAAAUAGAGCCGCGAACGAUCCAGCAGGCGACUCAAUGGCUUAUCGUUUCUGUCGUUUUUGGUUUUUAAACAACUCAUGCCAGUUUCUUGAUUUCUUAG